AUGAAUUAAGCUCCUAUGGACCCAUUAUCACCUAAUAAAUCAUAUAUGAGUAUGUAAGGAUAAACCAAUACUUUAGGGCUAGAAAAACAUGUCAAGCACAUUUUUAUGCAAACAUAGAAUACGAUUGAAACAUUAAAUGAAGAAUUAGAGAAUCAAAAAAAGGUUAACGAAGAUCUAUAGUGGAAGCUGACAGAUUUAAAUUCUUAAAAAAGUAGUUUGCAAACAAAGACUAAAAAUUUAGAAUAGGAGUUACGUGACCAAAAGAUAAAAGUUGAAGAUCUUUUAAAGAAGAAGAAUGACUUUAAGUCAUAAAUCUAAAUUAUGAGAAAAGAAUUAUAAAAUAUAAAUGAUGACUGGGAGAACAAAAGAAAAGAGCUUCUCCAUCAAAUUAAUCAACAAAGAGAACAAUAAAUUUAACUUGAAGAUGAACGCAAUCGUGAAAAAAUAGCAUUUGAGCAAGCUUCAAGACAGUACUAGCAAAAGAUAGAGUCUAUUACUAAUUCAAUUCGCUCAACUAAUGCAGAAAUAGCUAAGUAUUAGGGAUUGAUAGCCAAGUUGAAAGAAAGAGAAAAAUUCUCUAUGGAUACAAUUAUGAAUGAGACCUUCAAAUUCAAAGAGUUCCUUGAGUCACAAGUACCCGAUAAUGUCCAUGGAUCAGGCAUGGAAGACCUAAAUAAAUUAAAUUGA